AUGGAAGAAGUUGAAAAUAUGCGGCAUCGUAAUAAAAAAUCGGAUUCAUAUGAUUUCAAUAAAGUUUUAUCUCAUCUUGGUUUACCUGAAUAUGAAUAUAUUGAUGCACAAAAUUAUGAUUAUUUAUUACCAACACAUUUAACAUAUGGAAAAGAACAAACAGUUAAAAUACAUAAUACAAAAAUAAUGAGUAGUGAGAUUUUACGUCAUAUUGAUGUUGUGUUUGUUGCUUUUCGUAUUAUGUAUAAAAAAAAACAUAUUUUUACUGGAAAUUAUCGUUUUCGUAAUGAACUUUAUGGUCCUAUUGAUGAAGAUGCCGUUCUUCAUAUUGAUACUCGUACAGGACAAAUAAAAUUUCGUUGGGAUGCAAAAAUGUUCUAUAUGCUAUAUGAUUUAACAAUUGAUCAUACAGUAAAUUUUUGA